AUGCUUUCGGGCAUUGCGCACGAUCCGAUCCAGCGCGACGUCUUCACGCCCAUCUUCUUUGGAGCAGCCAUCCAUAUCCCUGAUGCUGAUGACAUCAUGACACCUGGUGCUCUGGCCAAAUGGGUCGCCGAACAUGCGGUUUCCGUGACCCAUCUGACCCCUGCCAUGGGUCAGCUUCUGACCGCCAACGCCGUCACGGAGAUGCCAUCUUUGCGGGUGGCCCUCUUUGUUGGUGAUGUUCUCACCAAGCGUGACGUGAAGCGUCUCCAACGGCUGGCGCCCAACCUCAUCGCAGUCAACAUGUAUGGCACCACUGAGACGCAGCGUGCUGUCUCCUACCUGGUGUGUGCAAGUGUUUUCCGCUCGCUCCUUGUUUGGCAAAUUCUCCCUGCCGGUCGCGGUAUGAAGGAUGUGCAAUUGCUCGUCUUGAAUCAAGAAAUGCAGAUGGCUGGUGUCGGUGAAUUGGCCGAGCUUUUCGUUCGCUCGCCCCAUCUCAGUGCCGGCUACAUGGGGCUACCUGAGGCCACGGCCGAAAAGUUUCUCGUCAACCCGGUGAGUCCUAUCGAUGCUUGCCAAUGCAUGACCUUUACCAACGAACCGGCUGACCGCUUCUACCGAACUGGUGACCUGGGUCGUUAUCUGCAUAACGGCGAUGUGGAGUGCAUCGGUCGCGCUGAUGACCAGGUCAAGAUUCGCGGUUUUCGCAUCGAACUCGGGGAGAUUGAUACCUUCCUGGGCCAACACCCGGAUGUGCGUGAAAACAAAACGCUUGUGCGACGUGACAAAAACGAAGAAAAGCAGAUCAUUUCCUACUUUGUCCCCUUGGACCAGUACGAUCUGGAUGCACUGCGUCGUCAUUUGCAGGGCAAAUUGCCCAGUUACUCAGUGCCCUCUAUUUUCUUCCCGAUUGAAGCCAUGCCUUUGACGCCAAAUGGCAAGAUUGACAAGGCCAAACUGCCCUUCCCUGAUACGGCUGUCAUGCUCUUGAACCGCACACGCAAGGAGGUCAAUGAGCAGCUCACCCAGCUUCAGUCGCAACUCAUGAACGUGUGGGAGGAAACCCUUGGUAAGUACUUGGGGACGGGGCAGCUCGUGGCAAUGACAAAACCUAUCGUAUUCGAGCUCAUUCUUGCAAACUGUGCGCUGCUAUCUAGGCCGCCCUGUUCAUCCCGAUGA